AUGGAAGGAUCAAAAAGCAAGCAAGAAAAGGAAGAGGCGGUCAAAUAUAGGGGAGUUCGACGUCGCCCAUGGGGAAAGUAUGCUGCGGAGAUUCGUGACCCAUCUAGGCAAGGCACACGGUCAUGGCUCGGGACAUUUGACACUGCAGAAGAGGCGGCUAGGGCUUAUGAUAGAGCCGCUUUUAACAUGAGGGGUCACCUUGCCACUUUGAAUUUUCCUAACGAGUAUUAUUCUCAGCUGGCUAACUCUCCGAUAUUCUAUCCGCCUUAUAAUAACUCAUACUCUUCUUCUUCAUCGGUGUCAUCUUGGUGCAACUUUUCUAGGGAGAGAGGUGGGGGUUCUACCUCGGGUAGGCAUGUGCUUGAGCUCGAGUGUUUGGAUGAUAGAGUGUUGGAGGAGCUUCUUGAAUCCGAGGAAGAGAAGAGGAGAAGAUCGGGGAAAUGAGGGCUCAACAAACGCGCUUUUCUUGAUUUUUGCUAUAUAUAUAUUGUGUUCUCUUCACUUCUUUUUUUUUUUCUUCGUUGCUUGUUUUUAUUUUAUUAAGGAGACGCCUUUAUGUUCGUAAUGUGAUCAAACAUGAAUGAAUCGUCAAAUCAAAUAUAUAAUUCCCUCUUCUUGUUCAUAAUAAUUUUUUUUUGUCAUUUAUGCAUAAUAUCGCACAAAAAUACGCAUGCAAAACAAUUAUGUUUUAUUAUUAAAUUUGGUUACUUGAGUUAAAGAAGUAGCUAGGC